CAUCACAUCAAGUGGGGACGCUCGUCGGGGGGAGGGCUGUAGCAAAACAUGCCGAGAAAACUGCUCGAGUGAAUCGAAAGUAGUGCUCCGGACACCGAUUGAGCUCCGCGUAGACUUGUUGUGCGAUUUAAAGCCCGUGUGCGUUCACUUUUGUCGAGUUCUGGGUGCUAACGCAUCGACGUCCAUCCGGUAGAGCUGGGGGGAAAAAAAAGCAGCGUUGAGCUGAAGUGCGUGUGCGUGUGUGCGCGCACGCUGUUCUACUGUAUGGCCGGUGCACAAGGAUGUGUCAGUAAGUUUAAGCUGGACGGAGGCUGGAAUGACGAGGCCUUUCGCCUUCAUGGGGUCACCAUCAUCGCAUGCCACAGCCUGACUGACAGAUCCAUCUCCAUCUUUCAAAUCCAGCUUUUCCAUAGUCUGUGAUUAAGUUCGGCGGCAGCAUGAAGGGCGGAGAAGGAGGGAAGGAGGCGCCGGUAGAGAGCGAGGUGGCCGGAAAACAGCGGCCUAAACGUAAAUGCCUGCAGUGGCACCCGCUGCUCUCCAAAAAGAAGGCCCUGGACUUCUCGGAGGAGGAGGAAGAGGAGGAUGAGGAGGAGCUGGAGAAGAUGCCGGCGGUCUGCCCCGAAGGCAGCGGCCAGGCGCCGGAGUGCGUGGUGAUGGAGGACGAAUGUGAGGAAGACUCCUCGGAGCAGCGCGCCCGCCGACCCAUGAACGCCUUCCUGCUCUUCUGUAAGAGGCACCGCUCGCUGGUGCGGCAGGAACACCCGCGACUCGACAAUCGUGGAGCCACCAAGAUCCUGGCGGACUGGUGGGCCGUUCUGGAACCCGGCGAGAAACAGAAAUACACCGACAUGGCCAAGGAGUAUAAAGACGCCUUUAUGAAAGCAAAUCCAGGCUACAAGUGGUGUCCGGCCACCAGCAAGCCAGUGAAGAGUCCCACUCACGUAUCGGCUAACGUGCGAAAAAAGGCCUGGACUUUACCCUCCAACACCAAGGAGAUCGCCGGUGCCAAAAAAGUGCCCACAGGAGACGCACCACAGCUGAACUUCGCCAUAGCAGAUCCGACUAAGAUGGGAGGCCUGAGCAUGCUUCUGCUGGCUGGGGAGCACGCCCUGACUGCCAGAGAGAUUUCCUCAAACACUUCACAGACCGAGGCUGCAGAUGUCACAAAGCAUUCUGGGAAAUCUGCCCUCUUCCAGUUAGCUGAGAUUUCCUCCUGUCCACCCCAGCCUGCUGACAGGUGUGAAAAUCUGGAGUGUCGGAGCCCACCAACUCCCCAAACAGAGAUGUGCGGUCCGUCUCAGCCCAACUCUCCAGAUCUGCCCAGCAGCUGCAUGCGUUCUCCUCUGUUCCAGCUGGCUGAGAUCUCAUCCAGUGGUUCUCAGGCUUCAGUUUCUGAGGGGAAGCAGUGUGGCCAGUCUGCUCUCUUUCAGCUGGCUGAGAUGUGUUUAGCCUCCGAGGCCGAGAAACUGGAGGCCCUCUCCUCGCAGCCGGCCGUGGACUCAUCGUCUCUCUGCGCCCAGCACAGCACCGCCGACACGACCCCCACCAAGGACCCUCAGACCCCGACGUCUCCGACCACCUGCGCCUCCUCGAAAAAAAAGAAAAAGCCGAAGGAGGGCGGAGAACCGGCCAAACCCGAGAAGAACCAAGGUUCGCCAAAAAAGCCUUGCAAGAAGCGCCCAUCGUCAGGCUCAGACCCGGAGAGCUUGAUGUACACUAUUGAGGACACUAUUGAAGCCGUGGCUAAAGGGGUCUGGGGCACAGAGGACGCCGAGACCGCCACCAAACAAGCUUGUCUCACGGAAAGCCCCGUCCGUCAACCUGCAACGGCGGAGAAGAAGAAGAACAAACCAAAGGCCAGGAAACAGUUCAGGACCGAGGAGGAGGAGAAGAAGAUGGAGGAAGAGGAGAGUAAGCCAUGUGAGACAAAAGAGACUCAGUUAGCCCAGGAGGUGCAGCCAGAAGAAGAGGUCAAGAUGGAAAUCGAGACGAAAGUCGAAGACCUUGGCGACGUGGAGGACGCGGUGCAGCCCCCCACCACCCCCACUCAGCCGAUUAAAACGGAUGAAACGGAUUCUCCAGCCUCAAACAAAGCAGACGAGAGAGACGCUGCGGAAGCUAAAACAGAGGAGAGAGAGAGCGAGCCCAAACCGGAACCGUGUGGAUCCAGGAAGUCCGAGCGCAGCUGUAAGGGGGCGCUGUACAAAACCCUGGUGUCUGAAGGGAUGCUCACGUCGCUCAGAGCGAAUGUGGACCGAGGUAAGAGAGGCUCGUUUCGUGGCAGCUUGUUCGAGCCCGAUUUAGGCUGGGUCGACGAGAGCUGCAAUUUUACUCAGCUGGCAGCCAGCAACCCCAAAAAACUGAAGAAGUCCAAGUCUAAAGAAGAGCCGGUGCCAGGCAGUUUAGGAAAGCUGGAGGAGGAGUUUGAGAAGAAGUUCAACAGCCUUCCUCAGUACAGUCCUCUAACGUUCGACAAAAAAAGCACAGCGGUCACCAAAAGGAAGAAAGCCAACCUAACCAGCCUUCCUGAAAACCCUGUGACCAGCAAGGGUUCAUCCCCAUCUCAGAAAAAGACUUUAACCCACAAGAAUCUAAACAAAAACAAGCAGAAACAGGAGAGAGCUGCGAGUUUGGAAAAAGCCAUAAAUCAGCCUGAUCUGACGGGCACCGAGAUAAACGCAAUGAAGCCAGAUGUGGCGUGCGUUCCUCUCUCACCCGACGCCUGCAAGAUGGGCAGCGUGCCCGUGGGCAGCCAGAAGAGGAAAGCGAGGAAGAAUAAGAUCACGCAUCUGGUGCGGAUGGCUGAUGGGCGAGUCUCACCUGCCGAGGCUGACAAACUGAAGGAGCUGACCCAGGAACAGGACGAAAAGCCAUUAACACACAAGACUUUAUGCAUCACCGAGCGCUGCUUCACCGAGUCCAGACCAGCCGAGUCUGGCAGCCUGCCGGCCUUCUUCAGCCUGGCCGCCCUCGCCGAAGUGGCGGCCAUGGAGAACGUGCACCGAGGCCAGCGAGCGGUGAGCAUGGCCGCCGACGGCCAGGUGAAGGACAUGGCUCCUCAGACGCCCGUGCUGAUCUCCUGCGCCGAUCAGUGAAGCUCUGGGUGUGGACUUAUCGGGACGGAUAACUCUUGGAGCGUUGCGCUGCGGAGAGAGAGAGAAGUGAGAGGCAUGGGAUCGAUUCUUGCAGACGAAGAGAAGGAAGACGCUUUUCAUGAAGGCUUCUGCGUCCAUCAUGGACGGACCACGCCCAAUAUUGCCGAGGUUGCUGCUGCUGUUGAAGUUGGUGUUUGUAUAUGACUAAAAGGAAUCUAAAGGAAUCUAGGAGCGCUCUCUUUAAUUUUUUUAAUGCUUCUAUGGAUCAG